AUGUUUGCAGACGUUGCACGACCACUAGAAGUCUCUGCCCUCAGCCAUGAGUCCCCAGAUAGCGUCGCAAUUCCUACUAACGACGUUUGUGCAUACAUCAGCAAUCUACCAUAUCCCCUAACACAAGACGAAUCUUUCGACUGCGCAUCGCCAUCUUGUCAACCCUAUCGAGAACGCGACCAGCCCAUCAGCAUCGAAAACACUUCGAAUAUCACGCCUGCAUCCAUCGUGAUAGGCGUCCCCAUCGAAGAAAAAGAUAGCAACGACUUUAGGAUAGCCAUGGGUUUGAUUCAAUGCCAGACGUACCUCAUGCGUUGCACGCUUUUGCAGUCAAUCAUCAACUCCAUUGAGCGCACGCCUCGGGUACAACAGUCUGAAGCUGAGGCCGAGGCAAUCGCACGGUUCUACUACAACAAAAUCCACAAAUUUGCUGUCGCAGCAUACCAACUUGCCGAAGCUCGAUCUAGCCGCGGCUUACUCGCACGUUCAGAAUACUGGUGUGGACGCGGUUGCGGUGGUUUGCGCGAUUGGGGUGCUGCUGUGAGCCACUUUGCGGCUGCCGUGAGGCUGGAUGUGUCAGGUAUAUACCUCAAGAAUAGGCCACGUCAGCAGAGUGGUCUACUGAUAUCUGAGACGGAAGAUGUUGAUAUCCUACUCCAAAGCGUAACACAAUGUUAUAACGAAUGGAUUCAAAAAGACGAAGCGCACCAAGCCGUUGCUGACCAGGAAGCAAGUCCCAGUCCUAGCGAAGCUAUCCGAAAAGAGGCACUGAAAGGGCCGCGUUGGAGACCACAUCAAGAUCGCAUGGUCUAUCUGGCAAAGCAGCAGUGUAGUCCAGAAAGGCGUUCUGACAGACAGUUUAGCCAACGUGGAUCGAGUGAACACGCAGGUUUUUCCUUCAACGAGAAGGAUAUGGCAACUGCUGAAGAAAGGCUUAGUCUUAAGGAUGAUAAACAAGAGAUUCGAAAGACACUCAACGCCAAUGAGUGGUUCUACGUCCUACACGGCCGCCAGCUCACUAAGAAGCGUACGGAUUGCACCGAGCAUAGCAGCGCUAGUGAUCGAGGCCACCAACACAACAAAUCAUCCCGGAUUCCACCAUCCGUCGGAUCAACCCAGUCGGUCAGACACUCCUCACUUGGACCCUCUCACGAUCUAAGCAACACAACAGACACCGCAGGCUAUGAAAGCGGCGGUGCCACGCCAUCGCUCGUCGGAAGUGGGGGGUCGCCUUCAUCGGAGGGAGAGCGCGCGUUACCAUCACCGCGAGCAGGGUAUUCCCAAGGCCGUCCUAACGUGAAACUACCGGCUAUAAGCAUAAGCGCGAUUCGGGAAGAUGCUAGACUUGGUGAGGCUGUUCUUGGCUACCACUCACCGACAGACGUGGAGGUAGACGAUACCCAGAACGGGACUGGGGGAAUCACCUCUGGUGACAGUAUGGGUCAUAUGGGUGGGGAGGGACUCGUCAUAUCGUCAGACUCCACCCCGCAAACCCUUGUCGAUCUCUGGAUGACUGAGAAGUACACAUGCGUACCUGACAACGCAUGGCGAUGGACCGAUACCGUUUUCUUCGUCCUCUUCAUCCUCUUCUUCCUUUUCAUCGUCGGCUUGGUUUGCCAAGAUGCGGAUCUAACAGUCCAGCUCGUGGAGCUCAAAGAAGGCACAUGGGCAGAGCAUACCAGAAGCAUAGUCAUGAGAUACUUCGGUGAAGGUGUUCGCGAAGAUUUGUUGCAAAAGUAUAUCAGAGAUGGACUCGCAGCUAGUAAGAGGCGAUUAAAGCGGGAGAUCAAAGCUGAAUUGAUAGAGGCAUACCGGAAACGACAGCGAAAAGAUAGUACUGGAAACUCUCAACACGGCUCACGUCCCGCACCAUGGUUCAAUGAGGAUGCCAGCGAGUAUGCUGAACGCUGGGCGAGGUGGACGGAAGAAAAAUGGCAGCAUGGAAUGCCGACGUACACGAAAUGCUGA